GGCUCCCCAUGGCCAGAGGCUGAGCUCUACUCCCGUCGGCCGCUCCCUAGGGGAAGGGAAAGAAGAGGCAAGAAGAGCAAGAGGCCGUCAACGAACGAGCACGGGCGACAUCGCAGUCUCCGUAAGUCUGGGACUCCUGCGUCCUGCACAUCGCCGCGCCAGCACCAAGAGAGGAGAGCAGUGGCGGCCCGGCCGCGGCGCACUGGCUUUGUCAUGAUGACCAGCUACCCCGAGCAUGAGGACUCCGCAGGGGCCUUACUGGCCCCGGAGACUGGCCGCGCAGCCAAGGAGCCCGAGGCUCCGCCGCCGAGCCCGGGGAAGGGCGGCGGCGGCGGCAGCGGCAGCGGCAGCGGCAGCGGCGCGGGGACUGCCCCGGAGAAGGCCGACCCGGCGCAGAAGCCCCCGUACUCGUACGUGGCGCUCAUCGCCAUGGCGAUCCGCGAGAGCGCCGAGAAGCGGCUCACGCUGUCGGGCAUCUAUCAGUACAUCAUCGCCAAGUUCCCGUUCUACGAGAAGAACAAGAAAGGCUGGCAGAACAGCAUCCGCCACAACCUCAGCCUCAACGAGUGCUUCAUCAAGGUGCCGCGCGAGGGCGGCGGCGAGCGCAAGGGCAACUACUGGACGCUGGACCCAGCCUGCGAGGACAUGUUCGAGAAGGGCAACUACCGGCGCCGCCGCCGAAUGAAGCGGCCCUUCCGGCCACCGCCCGCGCACUUCCAGCCCGGUAAGGGGCUCUUCGCGGCCGGAGGCGCCGCGGGCGGCUGCGGCGUGGCGGGCGCGGGCACCGACGGCUACAGCUACCUGGCGCCCCCCAAGUACCUGCAGUCCGGCUUCCUCAACAACUCAUGGCCACUGCCGCAGCCGCCUUCACCCAUGCCCUAUGCUUCCUGCCAGAUGGCGGCGGCCGCAGCAGCCGCAGCAGCCGCGGCCGCUGCCGCUGGCCCGGGCAGCCCCAGCGCGGCAGCCGUCGCGCCCACCAGCGCGCCGGGCCUGCAGUUUGCCUGCGCCCGGCAGCCCGAGCUCGCCAUGAUGCAUUGCUCUUACUGGGACCACGACAGCAAGGCCAGCGCUCUCCACUCGCGCCUCGACCUCUAA